UCAUGGCUUUGAUCUUGGCUAUUAUGAUGUAAUGUCAUAGGCCUACCUAAAUGGUAAUCCAACCUUAAUUAGAUUUGUAUCUCGUUAAUCAUUCUUAAGGAUACAAUUUUAUGAUGCUGUCGACCUAUCCAACUAAACAAUGAAGAUUUUAACUUUCUUACUUUUUGCACUUCUUUGCCUGGCGCUGGUAGAUGCAAAGAAGAAAAACAAAGUAAAAGCUGCAAAGCCGCAAAAAGAAGUAACAAAACAAACGGAUGACGCUAAAGAUGACGAAUCAUCGGGAGAAGAUGACGAGGCUGACAUGAUGAACAGGAGCUUCAAGGAGACAUCAUUGCCUGGAACUGCGGUGGCGCAGAGUUCGUUACCGGCUGCUACGAAAGCAUCGGACGCAAAGCAAACGAAAUCUGCCGUUGAGACCGAUGUUGAGGGCAGUGGCGAAGAUGAUGACGAGACAUCCGGGAGUGAGACAACGGAUACGAAGGAGGAUGAAAAUGCCAAUAAGCCUUCUAAGGUUAAAAGCAAAAUACAUGUUGAGAAGGAUAAAAACAAGAUAGCAGAAACGGUGAAAAAGUCGAAAGUUACAAAAAAGGGUGCCAAUAAAGCAGGAAAAAAGACAACAUCUGCAGAUCAGUCGAAGCAAGAAGCUGAAAAAGAAGGCAAAAAGGCAACAAAAGGAAAAGAGAACAAGAUAUUAAAAACAGAAAUGUCAAAAAAAGUUGACGACAAAAAAUCAAAGAAAACAGCAGACAAGAAGUCGAAGAAGCCUUCAAAACCUGCGCAUCAUCAUCACCAUCAUCACCACCACCAUCAUAAACAAAACACCAAAAAAAGCAAUGCAAAAAGGCCGACUGUUGACAAUGAAGCUAAUAAGCCGAAAAUUGACUAUCCUACCUUCAACUGGACCAAAGAUGGUAACAAGGUGCAAAAAGUGGCACAGAUUCCUGGGUGGGGAAGUAAUGGUAUUAAUAAUAUGGCCCCUGCAGGAAUGGCACAAGCAAAUAUGGUGCAAAUGAGCAUUGCCCAGGCAUACGCAACGGGACAGAUGCCAGCUGUAAAGAGAGAUAAUUUGCCAAUGAAAUUGUCAACUGAUUUGUUAAAUAAUACAGUUAAAAAUCAAGCUGAUAUAGCAAGAAUUGACCAGGCAUCGACUGAAACUGAAAGCAUUUCUUCUCCAAAGAAUCAGAUGGCAGCUGCACAACCCAUUAAUGCAGCACCUGCAUCUAAUUCUACAACCAGCUCAAAUGUUGAAGCUACUGAUAGUGCAAAAGACCCUGUUUCAGCUACCAUUGCGUCUGAUACUGGUGAGGUGCCAUCUAACAUCAGAAAGAAAGCAGAGCUCAAAAUUCCAAAAACUGUCCCUUCGAGGUGCGUCAAUCUUGUAAAGUCAUACACAAAUGCUGAGUUGACACUUCGUGAUUACCUGAAGCAGAUGAGAAAAUGCAAAAGGGCUGAUGCAGAGUUCAACUCCUUGCAUGGGAAUGCAAUGCUACGUGAUGCCAUUUCAAAGAAUGGACCAUACCUCACCAAGGAAGCGUACAAGUAUGCUCUGGAGAGAGUGCGUAAUUAUGUCCCCUCGAGCAAAGAGAAAGAAGCUGCUGAUAUGAUUUUGGCAAAGUGGCGCUCAAACAGCUUUGGUACCAGGGAUAAGAUCAGCAAGAACGGUGAUGUCCCAGACGCUAUCAAGUCUUUUAUGACUGGGCAGACAGCAAAAGAAGCAGCUGCCCAGAGUAUUCAAGAGCAAACACAGAAAGCAAUUGAUACCGCAAAGAGCUAUAUUCUUGGCACAAUUACAGGGCGGCCUGCUGAAGUGCCAGCCACGGGCCAAGUUGCAAAUGAAGGAUCUGAUACUGAGAAGAAGGCCACAAUUGUAACAAGCACUAGUCAGAAUGUUGUAAAUGUGAUAAACGCUGCGAAGGCGUUGCUUACAGGAGACAAUAAGGGACACGCUAUUCUGUUAUCGCAUGGCAGUGAUGUUCCAGCUGUUCUGCCUUUGCCUGGUACGAAAAAGGAGGAUAUAGCAUCUCCAGUCGAAAAGAAAGCCAAAGCUCUAGAGAUGGCAAAAACUGCUGACGUCCUGAAUGCUGCUAUGAUGUCACAGUUGUCACCUAACAUUGUAACGAACUCUGAAAAGGUCAGCACUAACCUUGUUGCUGCCUUGAGAGAUAUGGCAUCUGGACCUGAAACAGCAGAACAACAAGGGCUGAAACCUUCAUUACAAAAACGCAGUGCAAGAAUGACUUUGAAAGCAAACAGUCGGCGGAAAAGAAGUGCUUCAAACGAUGCAUCGAUAACUUACAAUAAACUUUUUAAAAUCAAACGAAGUAGGCGCCAAACGAGAGAGAAAUCACUUAAAAUAGACAAUCCUAGUGAGAGGAGCAAAUUGAAUAAACCAAUAGUAGCAGCUCCCAAAUUGAUGGAUAAAAUUAGAGACAUGAGCAUGGUCAUUGCAACUCCUUGAUUCAUGAAAAUUUUGCUGCUUACAACCUAACGACAGAUAGACUGAAUUCUUAUAACUAAGACUCUCGGGUAUGGGUUGUGGGGCAGCUGCUACUGAUAUUUUAAAACAGGUUUAAGAAAAAUCAACGGUAAAUCUAUAUCAGCGAAGGCUUUUUUAAAAUAUCAUCUAGGGGGCAGUUGCCCACAAGCCCCAGUGACCUUAUAUUGUUUAACGUAAUAGGCCCUUCUCUUUUGUUAAAUAAUAGCUUGCCCUCACAGUUAAUUUCCCUUCGAAAAGGCUAUGAUAUCAACUUCCAACAAGAAGCCUGGACCUUUUUCAUUAAACCUUGGUUAUCAUCUAGAUUGAAUUUGGCAAUUUUUUGAUCCGAAAUAUCAAAACUAUUAAAGAGCCUUUGCAAAGCUAGUGACUUUUAAUAAAAUAAAAUGCGAUAAAUAAAUCCCUGUUGUUUUAAUUAGUAGAGAUACACUCAAUAUCUGUUGCUACUGUUAAUUUUGUUUUGAGUAAUAUUAUUCUUGCUGAGUAAACAGUAGUUUCCACAACCAUUCCGUUAGUGUAAUGUAAUUUCCUUAAAAAAUCCAUUUCAAAAUCAAUGUUCCUUAUUAACAUUAAAUGUAUGAACGUUAUUUUAAUUUUGACUCAGUUUUCUAUGAAAAUGUUGGUUCAGUAAA